AAUCCUUGUUGCACGGAGAAUUUGCACGAACCUUUGCGGUUGAACUUUGCAUUGACAGUAGUUGCUACUCUUUUUUCUGUCUUGUGUGCUGAAUGCGCAGCCUUACAAGGAGAGCGCGUACAGAGAACAAAUAAUUGUGUUGAGCGUCUCUUCUAGUAAUCAGGAAAUGGAGAAGUUAACAGGAUAUGAUUACGAAGUAUUUUUGAGCUUCAGAGGACCAGAUACCCGUAGGGACAUUACCGAUUUCCUUUACACCAGCAUGAUUGGCGCUGGAAUUCGAGCAUACAGAGACGAUGAAGAGCUCCGCGUCAGUGAGGAGAUCGGCGGCCAGCUUCUCCAAGCGAUUGAGCAGUCAAAGAUCUCAAUACUAAUCUUUUCUAAAGGAUAUGCUGAUAGUACUUGGUGCCUUAGGGAGUUGGUCAAGAUGGUGGAGAGCAAGAGCACGAGGAGGCAUAAGAUCAUGCCCAUUUUUUACGAUGUCGCACCAUCCGAGGUAAAAUACCAGACUGAGCACUUUGGCAAGGCCAUUGUUUCUCAUGCAAACAAGAAGCGGUUCGAUGACAAGACUAUCGGCAAGUGGAAGGCUGCUCUCACUGAGGUUGGAGCACUAAAGGGAUGGGACCUCCAUAGCAAUCCAUACAGAGGCAAAGGUGAAUUCGUGAAAGAAGUUGUCAGUAACGUUUUGACUGAGUUGAAAACUGCCUACUUGGAAGUAUCUGAUUGCUUAGUCGAAGUCGACCAUCACGUGGAUGAAAUCAUGAGGAUAAUAGGUACACACAACUAUCAAACAAAGAUUGUUGGAAUCCAUGGUAUGGGUGGCGUGGGAAAGACGACCGUUGCCAAAAUAGUGUACAAUCAACUUUCUAAUGAUUAUGUUGAUUGUUGCUUUCUUUCCGACAUCAGCAAAAUAGAGAUUACGCGCUUGCAAAAUCAGCUCAUAUCGAACAUCCUUAAGAUGAAAUGGCCUGAUAUCAAUACUAUCAUGGAAGGGAAAAAGGUAAUCCGGGAAAGGUUAAGCUCUAAAAAAGUGCUUCUUCUACUUGAUGAUGUGGACAAAGGAAGUCAACUUGAUGCGCUCGUGCAGAAUCGUGAAUGGUUCGGUAAUGGAAGCAAGAUUAUCAUUACUACUAGAGAUCAGGGAAUUCUCAAAGUGCCUACACUUGUUGAUGGGACUUACGAACUUACUGGCAUGGAUCUUGAUCAUUCUCUUCUACUUUUUAGCAAACAUGCCUUUAGAAGAGAUUAUCCAUUAAAAGAAUACAGAGUUCACUCUGCAAGAGCAAUUAAUAUUUGUGGUGGUCUUCCUUUAGCUCUUGAGAUUAUAGGUUCUCUUUUAUCGGGAAAAAGAGUAGAGGAGUGGGAUGCCACAUUGAAGGAGCUAGAAGAAUCUCCUCAAGAGGAUGUUGGAAAGAAGUUGAUGAUCAGCAUUGAGGCAUUAAAUGAAGAGCAAAGAAAAAUAUUUCUCGAUGUUGCCUGUUUUUUCAUUGGGUAUGAUAAAAGAAUUGCGAUUCACAUGUGGGAAAGCUGUAAAUUUCUUCCUCAUCAAUCUCUUGGAAUCCUUCAGCAAAGAUCUUUGAUAAAGAUUAGAGAUGAUAACCAACUAUGGAUGCAUGAUUGGUUAAGAGAUAUUGGAAGAAAUUUUGUACAACAGGGAAGUGGGAAGAAACCAGAGAAGCAAGAAUGGGUGUGGACUCAUGCGCAAGCACUAGAGGUUUUGGAGAAAAUGCAGAUAGGAGGUGAUGUUCCCAGAAUCAUAAGUAUCGAAACGAUAUGUUUCAAGUUUGAGAAUCUAUCUCAAUACUCCUCGAUAAAAGAAUGCCUCGCAAGUCUUUUGAAUCUAAGGUUCCUUCAAGUGGAUAGCAAAGGCUUCGGAAACACAAAGUCUAUCUUUACUCAAUUGGGUCGUUUGAUAUAUUACCGGUGGUCAAAUUUUCUAGAAACCCCAUAUAGCCCACUUAUCCUUCCGGAGUUGAGAUGGCUUUCAUGGCAUUACUUUCCUAUGGAUUUUAAGCUGACCAAAAUCUCCCUAAGGAAGCUAGUAAUCCUUGAUCUCUCAAAGAGUAAAAUCACGGAAAAAUGGGAUGGUUGGAGCCACAUCAAGUUGGCUGAGAAUUUGAAGGUCCUAAAUUUGACCGAAUGCAUUAAAUUGCGUAGAACUCCAGACUUGUCUUUUCAAGUGAAUUUAGAGCGACUGAUUCUUGAAAGAUGCGUGAGUUUGCUUCAAAUUGAUCCAUCCAUUAGUCACCUUAAGAAGUUAGUCUUCUUAAACUUGAAGUAUUGUGAAGGUCUCCGAGAGCUUCCGGACGAGUUGGGGGAACUGGAAUCUUUAAUGGAACUUCUUCUAGACAACACAUCUAUAGAAGAGAUCCCUGAAUGGAGAAGGAUGAAGAAACUGGAAAUUCUCAGCUUGGUCGAAUGUGAAUCAUUGAGUAAAUUUAGUUUUAUCGGUUGUGCAGCAUCAACAUCGAGGCUUUCAUCGGUGGGUGACCCUUCGGCUCAACUGCCUAAGUUGAUCGAAAAUUCCAAUUCACUAAUUGAAUUGGAUCUAGCAGGUACAAAACUCAAGGAGUUACCCGAUUCAAUUGGGAACAUGAAGAAUUUGAAAGUACUAACAAUGCAUAACACCUCUGUAUGGAAACAACUUAGUACCAUUGGAAAGUCGGUGAACCUCGAGAUGCUACAGUUAGCGGGACUUUUAUUACGAUUGGGAGGAGAAACUCCCCGUAAUAUUUUUAAGCAAACAUGUCUAAGAAUCCUGGAAAUGGUUGGCACUACAAUUUCGGUGGUGCCUCGGCUUCCAGAAAGUCUGAUCACUCUUUCUAUCGCUACAGUCUCAAUGGAGACGUUUCCCGACCUCUCGAACCUAUUAAAUUUGAGAACUUUGCGUUUGUAUUUGUGGGGAUCACUCGAGGAUCCUUACAAACUCGAAGAAACCACGAGUCUUUGGUGGAUUGGAAGAUUACGCGCACUUGAGGUCUUGGACUUGUGUUCUCCUUAUAUUGCCACCCUAUCUUCCGAUCUCGUUCUCCUCUCUCAGCUGAAGCAACUCAAGCUCUUAUGCAUUAAUUUGCAAUGCCUACCUAGGCUUCCGACAAACUUGUCCUACUUGGGCAUCCAAUUUUGCAAGAGAAUAAAGACAACGAAUGAUCUCUCGACUUUGAAAGUGUUAUCAGAUUUGGAAGUUACUCAUUGUGAGAAGCUAACGGAGAUUCAAGGCCUUGAAUGUUUGGAGAACCUGAGAACAUUAGAGCUCGUGAAUCUUCCCUCGCUGACGAAGUUGCCUGAUCUGACUACCUUGAAGAAGCUCAAGAAGAUACUUCUAUGGUAUUGUGCCCAGCUGUUUGAGAUUCGAGGUAGCCCGGAAUCGUUGGAGAUGCUGGACAUCUGGCACUGUUGGAAACUGCAAAAGUUGCCCGACCCAUCAAGCUUCAAGAAUCUAAAAUCUUGGAUUCAAGAUGGAAGGAGCAUGAUUUGAUUACAACUUGCAAACGCUCCCUUCUUUCUUUUUUUUUCCGGUAAUGUUUGCGUUUUUCUUUUGGGCAUCCCUAAUUAUGGUAUCAUGCAUUAUAUGGCCUUUAAUGAGUGUUGUCUCUCCAGCUUGGUAAUGUGAUUUUGGUUACCGAAAACUAAAAUCUGCCAUGCUCACCACCAAAAUGAAUCAGGAUCAUUCGUCGA